ACCUGGCCCCUCUCACCCCCAGCGCUGCUCGCCCGAGGCCCGAGCGCUGCCGCAGCCUGAGCCGACCCCACCAUGGACACCGGAGUCAUCGAAGGGGGUCUCAAUGUCACACUCACCAUCCGGCUACUCAUGCACGGAAAGGAGGUGGGAAGCAUCAUUGGGAAGAAAGGGGAGUCCGUGAAGAAGAUGCGUGAGGAGAGCGGAGCUCGCAUCAACAUCUCGGAAGGGAACUGCCCCGAGCGGAUCAUCACCCUCGCGGGACCCACCAACGCCAUCUUCAAAGCUUUUGCGAUGAUCAUUGACAAACUGGAAGAGGACAUCAGCAGCUCCAUGACCAACAGCACAGCUGCCAGCCGGCCCCCGGUCACCCUCCGACUCGUGGUCCCUGCCAGCCAGUGCGGGUCCCUCAUUGGGAAAGGAGGCUGCAAGAUCAAGGAGAUCCGAGAGAGCACGGGGGCACAGGUCCAGGUGGCAGGGGACAUGCUGCCCAACUCGACUGAGCGAGCCAUCACCAUUGCUGGGAUCCCACAGUCCAUCAUCGAGUGCGUCAAACAGAUCUGCGUCGUCAUGCUUGAGUCUCCCCCGAAGGGUGUCACCAUCCCGUACCGACCCAAGCCAUCCAGCUCUCCCGUCAUCUUUGCAGGCGGCCAGGCCUAUACCAUUCAAGGACAGUAUGCCAUUCCACAGCCAGAUCUGACCAAGCUGCACCAGUUGGCAAUGCAACAGUCACACUUUCCAAUGUCUCCUGGCAACGCUGGAUUCAGUGGCAUUGACUCCAGCUCUCCAGAGGUGAAAGGCUAUUGGGGUUUGGAUGCCUCUGCUCAAACCACCUCCCAUGAACUCACCAUUCCAAACGAUCUGAUUGGCUGCAUCAUCGGGCGUCAGGGCGCCAAGAUCAAUGAGAUCCGCCAGAUGUCCGGGGCGCAGAUCAAAAUUGCCAACCCCGUGGAAGGAUCUACUGACCGGCAGGUGACCAUAACUGGAUCUGCAGCGAGCAUCAGCCUGGCCCAGUAUCUAAUUAAUGUCAGGUGAGUCCCUGCUGACGAGGUUCCCGAGCCGU